AUGUUAAUUCUUGUUAUCUAUGCAAAAGUAAUACCUAUUAAAAUACAAGUGGUUCGAUAUUUGGUUGUUCAUGUAUUCAACAUUUCUACAUGGAUACUAAUUAUAAUUGUCUAUUGUGUGAUCCUACUUGUGAAUAAUGUUGGACAUCGAGCACUUCAUGCACAUCCUGCAACUUCACCAGUUACAAGAGAGUUUACAAUAAUGGUAGUUGUGUUUGUGAUACUGGAUAUUCAGAUCUCGGGACUGUCUAAUGUUAUAAACCUUGGUUGUGGAUAUGGAUGUGCAGAUUGUGUUUCUGGAACUUGCAAUUUCCUGUAUGGGAAAUGA